UGUCAUUUGAAAUUUGUAAAUAAUCGACUUUUCGCGUUAUCAAUUCAGCCUCUUUUACACAGUUUUAAUACAAACUAUCAAAGCUUCAAGUCGUUAAAGACAUAGUCAAAGGUUUUAUUCAAACUUUUUCCUGCUCCGAAAUGGAACUCCGAUCGAUAAAGCUGUGACUAAUCAAACUUCUCUGUAUAUCCAAUCACGAUCUAAAAAUAAACUUUCGUUGCGCUAUAAGAUGUCUCUCGGAUCGAAGAAGAAACCCCUGCACAAGCAUAAAUUUCUCAUAAAAAAUCAAUUCCUAUGAUCAACGCCAACGACGAUCCCGUGACAAUAAUCGGCGUAUUAUAUUAUAGCAGCUGCGCCUCGUAUGCACAGAGAGACUAGACUCUAGACACUAUAAAUCGAUUGGGUGUUAGAGGCGUGCGUUGGCAGGUCCGUGUCCGAGGCUCUCCUUGCGAUAUUUGGCCUCUCUCUUUUCUCCUCGUCGUGUCGUUCGCCUCGCGGUGUGUGUGUGUGUGCGUGUGUCUCCUCUUGUCCUCGAGACGGCGAUUUUCCGCACAUUAUAUUAGGUAGUCCUCUUCAUCAUCCGCGAGGCGAUACGUACACCAGCUCCAUCUCAAAUCUGAGAACAGUCGCAGAGAGGAAGAGAGACGGAGGCAGCGAAAGGGACAGACAGAAGAUCAAUCCUAACCAAUGUCGGCCGUCGAAGACGUCUUCGAGAGCUGGGAGGAGAUGGAGGAGUCGGGGGCACUCGACAAGAAACUCAAAGCUCUUGUGGUCAACCCCACAGAUGGACUUGAGGACGAGUCCAGGAACAAAGAUCGCAAUUCGGACACAAGAAUAAUUAUACUCGGAGAUGAAACCAUGCGAUCACAGUAUACUCCAAAACCUACUGUUAAAAUACUGAAGAGACCAGACAGGAAUUCACAAGGUGACGGACCACUGUUAAAUGGUGAUAAACCAAAGCAACCCAUCAAAUCUUUAAAACAGAGAGAACAAGAGUAUGCAGAAGCAAGAAGAAGAAUAUUGGGAGAAGAGAAGAGCCCUGAGGAGAAAAUAAUACCGGAAGUCAAUAGGAUACAAGGAAAACCAUUAGUAGCUGGUGGAAAUAAUUUACCAACAAAUAUCACAAGAAUGCCAACAGGGCCAGAUGGAACCAAAGGAUUCAAUGUACGCAGGUAGCGUGUAUGAAAAUGUUCAACUGUAAUUACCCAUCUUGUUGCUCUUUUCUCUUACCCUUGAUAUGGAAAGGGAAAGAGACGGCUAUGAGGCCGAAAGCAGCGGACUGCUACAAGUGCUCUGGAUCCGGGCACAGCACUUCUAUGCUGCAUUGGAAGUGCUAUGACAACUGUUUUCUGUAAAGCUGCGUUCACAGAUAAAAAACACAAGAACGAUGAUGCCUUUGUACAAUCAGAGUCAAAAUAGCCAUGACUGUGCGACGCUGCUUAUUGUCGAUGUAACAAUUUGACACUUCAUCAAGUUACGUAAUUUCAAAAUAAAAGAUGUUUUAUUAAAAAAAUUUAUAAAUAUAUAUAUAUGAAUAUAAUUUCCAUAUUUCAUUGAGAACAUAGUUGUUAUAUUUGUAGAAAAUGUCUAAUUCUCAUGGCAAGAGUGCAAAAUCACAAUUUAAGCAUAGAAAUAGCCAAUUAGGGGUAAAAGAAAAUAAUUUUAAAAUUAUUUAUUAGAAAGUAUAACGUUUAUUUAAAAAUCCAAAUAUUAUGAUUAACUUAACAAUUUUGAACAAGCAACUGUUGUGAAAUUUUUGUAUUAUUUUUUUUUUAUUAGACUACUUACUUUUAGACUUAAUUAUUAUUACUCUUUUGAAAUAUCACAGUGAGUCUGCGUAUUCAAUAUUAGGCUUGUUAUUACUAUAAAAUUGAUUAAGAUUCAUUGAAAUGUGAAAUAAUAAGAUACACCUCGACUAUAAAAAUAAUGUCAUUGAUUGCAAUUGUCAAGAUUUUUUUUGAGAGUUUUUUAAUAAACAUAUAUUUUUUGUAUUUAUUAUAAAAUAUACAUUUUGUCAUAAAUGACAGAGAUACUCAAAGUCAACAUACUAGUUUAAUCAUUAAGAAAUAUCCCAUUCCUUCUAAAACAAUGUCCAUAACUUGUCAGAUCACCUUUUUUACUUAAAAUGACAGAGAGGUGAAGUUAUAUUACAAACAAAAUUUUGAAUUAUAACAUUAACUAGCUAAUAAGUAAAUGUGCAAUAGAUAUCUGCAUGUCAAAAAAA